AUGGGUUCUAAGUCCUCUCUUUCUCAAUCUCAAUCAUCUUUAAGGCAAAAGCGUUUUCUCAUUUGUAUCUUGCUUGUUUCCUUACCUCUUCUUCUCUUUCUACUUUGUUUGAUGCACAAAAGGGUCGUUUCUAUCAACAACAUGGUUCAGGUGGACCCGAAGCCAAGACCAACUUGGUUUGACAUCAUAGCUAAAGGUGUCAAUGACAAAAAUAAGAUUAAGGUUGGUGUCGUUAAUUUCGAUGCUAGAGUGGAUGGUAGCGUAUAUGAACAACUAUAUGCACUUCAUCCACAAGUAGAGGCUGUGUCUAUAGAUUUUGAUCGUGUGAAUGAGAAUUUGAAAUGGGAGGACUUUUUUCCUGAAUGGAUUGAUGAAGAUAGGAAAUGGGGUGAACCCAAAUGCCCGGAAAUGCCAAUGCCGGUGUUGGAGAAUUAUGGAGAUCUCAAUGUUGUGGUGGCAAAAGUUGAAUGUGGGAUUAGGGAUGUGUUUAGGUUGCAAGUUAAUUUGGUAGUGGCUAAUUUGGCUGUGGAGAGUGGGUGGGUGAAUAAGAUGGGGAAUGGUCAUAAGCAGGUGUAUGUUGUGUUUAUUGGGUCUUGUGGUCCCAUGGUAGAGAUUUUCAGGUGUGAUGACCUUUUGAUGCAUCAAGGGGAAUUUUGGCUGUACAAUCCUGAUUUGAGGACCCUAAAGCAGCAAAUGCUUAUGCCUGUUGGUUCAUGCCAGAUUGCUCCGGGUUAUGCUGAAACGGGUAAAGAGGUAUGGAGGACACACAUGCCACAACUAUCGAAGUCAACAAAGCACAACUACACAACGCGCGUUCCAAAGCUAGCCUAUGUCACUGUCCUUCACUCUUCAGAAGCUUAUGUUUGUGGUGCAAUAGCACUUGCUCAAAGCAUCUUUCAAACCAAGAAACACGCCUUUCCAACAAUAAGAGACCUAAUCCUCUUAGCCGAUAAAUCCAUUGGUCCUGAAUCCAUAAAGGGUCUAAAAGCUGCAGGAUGGAAAAUCAAGCGCAUUGAACGUAUCUUAAGUCCCUUUGCCGAAAAAACCGCAUAUAACCGAUGGAACUAUAGCAAGCUACGUAUAUGGCAACUCACAAUGUAUGAUAAAGUCAUCUUCAUAGAUUCUGAUCUCUUAGUACUAAACAACAUCGACCAUUUAUUCGUGUACCCUCAAUUAUCAGCAGCACCUAAUGAAUACACGAUAUUCAACUCCGGGUUGAUGAUAAUUGAGCCAUCCCAAUGCAUGUUCGAGACCAUGAUGGAGAAAACUAACAAGGUGAGAUCAUAUAAUGGAGGUGACCAAGGUUUUCUUAACCAAAUUUUUACGUGGUGGCAUCGUUUACCAACGAAGCUAAAUUACCUGAAAGUUUUUCAUCAGAGUGACAGUGAGAAGCGGCAUGAGGUCCCUGAUGACGUGGACGUCAUACAUUAUUUGGGUUUGAAGCCAUGGAUGUGUUAUAGGGACUAUGAUUGUAACUGGGACGUGCAAGAGCGCCAAAUUUUUGCUAGUGACUCGGCUCACAAAAGGUGGUGGCAGGUUUAUGAUGCAAUGCCGAAACAGUUGCAAUCUUAUUGUGGCCUCACUAAGAAAAUGAAUGAAAAUAUUGUGAAGUGGAGAAGGAGAGCAAAAAGAAAUGCUAGUUUCUCUGAUGGGCAUUGGAAGAUUGAGGUUAAGGAUCCUAGGAGGAAGCAUUAUCAUUCAGAUUAG